AUGAUCAAAGUAUAUACAAAACUUCAUACCACGAAAAUGUGCCUUGUAGCUCAAGGUCCUGUUAAAACGGGCAAGCAAGUGAAUUUCAGCUCCCAAAAACCCAGUGAGGGCAUCAAAAAUCGGAAGCGAUUACUCGAAGACGAUCCAUUGCCUUCGAAGAAAGCCUUUUCUGAUUCCGAUAAGCUUGAAAAUACCUCGGAGUCAGUGGGUUCAUUGAAUCAAGGUAGUGAAGACAGUGACGCUGCAAGUGGUAUGGGUGGAGAUGACUUGAGUUUGGAUAUGGUAGGCUCCUCCUGCGAUCCAAAACGAACUCGCACUGCUUACACUAGACAGCAGAUACUAGAACUUGAAAAGGAAUUUCAUUAUAACAAGUACCUAACAAGGAAACGGCGUCUCGAAAUCGCGCACACACUCAGCCUUUCUGAAAGACAGAUAAAGAUAUGGUUUCAGAAUCGCCGAAUGAAAUGGAAGAAGGAGCAUUGUUUGCCAGGAAAUAAACAGCGUCUUUCAGAGGCACCGAUUCUCACUGUUCCAAAUCAAAACUUUCCCAUGCGCAACCAGGAGUCGAUGCAAUUCUGCUCAAAUCGUCAUGGUUUUGACGUGAGUGCCGUCGGUGGAGAUCCGAUGAUGUCAACCCGGUUUUUACCCUUUUUCCCAAAGUAUCUCUCUCCAACCACUGGUGCAGCCAAGGCUACGGGAUUGACGCCACUUUCAGCACCACCAAAAAGAUUUUACGAUGACGAAAGUGGAUUAGACUCAGUGUGGUUCAACGACAGAUGCUAUCAGCAGUCCCCGCCCCAACUUAGUUUUAACUAUCCAACAACUUCUACGCAAUCAACAUCUCCUCCACCUUCGCUACCACCUCUCAAUAACCCCUUUUCUAAUACCCUUGCUGUAGCCCCAACGGAUUUUUACUCGGGCCUCCUAACGAGUGGUUGGUCGUCAAAAGUUCCUUCUCAGCAGCAACAGCACCAGCAAAUGCGGCACAUCGUCAAUCCAUCCUAUGACGGGGAUUAUGUAGACAACACUAAUAACAAUAGCAGCUCACCAUUUUUCAUUGCGACUCAUAAGCAUCCCCACUUCCCUUCAGAUGAUGAAUUAGCAAUAUCAGGCAGCAAUGCAGGAAAUGAAAUCGGACUUCCUAAUAUGGAUUCCUGUAGUGACUCAGACUUGCUGACUGCAGGUAGAUGCUCGGAAAAUUCACUAAUAGCCUCCCUUGCUUGA